CGGUGAGUUACCCCAUCUCUCACUAUCGCUCUUCUUCGUCUCAUUCUCUUCAACAUAAUCCAUCUCCGAAUCAGUAUUAUGGAUUAUUUGUUCUUCAUCAUCAAGGAAAUCACUAAAACAAUCACAGUGGAAAAAAUAGACUUUUUGUUAUCCACUUUCAUCAGUGUUGUCUCCAUGUGAUUUCAGAUUGCAUAAGGAUAUGGCCCAAUAAUUAAACUGCAAUUGCAUUUUCGGUGAAUGGAACGCAGUGGUGUUUGAGAUAAUGAUGACUUUUGAAUUGGGCUGCACAGUUUACGCAACACCAGUUGAUCCUAAGAAGGGAGAUUUGGGAAUUAUUGCAGCAAUCGCAAUUGGUUUCAUAGUGGGUGCUAAACAUCAUAGCUGGCGGUGCGUUUACUGGAGCAUCCCCGAACCCUGUGGUGAUGACCUCAAGUAUCAAUAUUGUCAAAGAUUCUACAAGUGUUCUGAAGAAAAAAGAACAGUGACAAUGUUUUUAAGAAUGUUUGGAAGGCCAGAGCAAGAAACUGAUAGUGCCUUAGAUAAAUUAAAUGAGGGUUGGAUACUUGGAUAUUGGAAUUGGCUGUAAAGUCAUGCCCUAAGAAUUGAGGCAUGUCACCGUGGUCAUGGUGUGAAUCUCUUACCACUUUUGCACAUAUACGAUCUAUUUAGAUGGAAAAGUUAUUUAUGGAGGUUCUUUUCAUGAAUGAUAGGAGGCUUCAAGUCUGGAUGGCAUGGAUAUGUGAUUAGUCGGAUCAAAUUUGCUCGAUCUUGUAACUUUCUUGAGAUAUAACAACGUUAAUCACAAGUUAAUAUUGGAAACUUUAGCUUUUGCUCUUGCGUCGGUGUGUAGGUGAACGGAACGCAGUGGUGUUUGAGAUAGUGAUGACGUUUGAACUGGGCUGCACAGUUUACGCAACACUAGUUCAUUCCUAAGAAGGGAGAUUUGGGAAUUAUUGCAGCAAUCGCAAUUGGUUUCAUAGUGGGUGCUAAACAUCAUAGCUGGCGGUGUAUUUACUGGAGCAUCCCUGAACCCUGUGGUGUUCUUUGGCCCGACUGUGGUCAGCUGGACCUGGGACAGCCCCUUGGUCUACUAUCUAGGCCCAUUGGUAGGUGUGGAUUUAGCUUCACUAAUCGAUGAGGUCAUUUUAUUUGGCUCGAGUACUCAUGAGCCACUCUCAACCACAGAUUAAUAAGAAUGAAGAUAUCGCUCUCACACAGCCAAAUGGGUAGUGAAUGAUGGUCUUAAAUUAUUGUUGAUGUUUGUGGGGUGUUAUGGAAGUUACAUGUUUUUAAGUUGUAGUACCGGGGCUAGGGUUCUCUCCAUUACCCUUUAAAUAUGAUUUAUAUGACGAAGUUUCAAAGGCGCAUAGUUGAAUGCCAUCUAGCCAAAAGAUACUGGCAAGUUUAGUUAAAUUUUGACAUGGUGCAAGCUGCUAAAUUUUCCAAAUGGAUGGUGAUUCAAACAACGACAAUGAUGAUGAUCUUGAAUCAGAGAGUGUUACUGAAUACAAGAGUUUGAUCGACAUACAUGCUGGAAAGGGAAAGGAUGGUUUAGAUGAAAGGCUAAAAGUAGAUACUAAUAAAGUAAGAUGUCUUAGCUUAAGUGAACACGUUCUUGAGAAGGCAGCAGAAACUGAUGGCCCACAUAUUGUCAGGGUAAGAAUAAAUGGGCCACUCUAUCGCUUGCUUACAAGUCAGUAGGAGUUAUGUUUGGAGGGCUUGUGACUUCACCGCUUUAUGUGUACCCUUCAAUGGCAUUAAAGUCUCCAACUGAAGAAGCCUAUUUGGGAAUCUACUGCAUCAUGUUCUGGACUCUUAGUUUAAUUGGUGUUGUCAAGUAUGCUUGUAUAGCUUUGAAAGCUGAUGAUCAGGGUGAAGGUGGUACAUAUGCUCUAUAUUCACUACUUUGCAGGCAUAUGAACAUUGGAGCCAUUACUUCGACUGGUGUCAGUUCACCAUCACGUCGUUCACAUGAUAAUAGUUUGCAUCAAAGCUUUAAAAAGUCAAGUAGACUUGGGAUGUUUAUUGAGAGGAGUCUGAUUGCUAGUAGGAUUUUAUUUUUCAUAGCAAUACUCGGCAUGUGUAUGUUAAUCGGUGAUGGAAUACUCACCCAUGCUAUCUCAGUGUUGUCAGCAAUGGAGGGCAUCAGGGUUCGUUUUCCAAAGUUCAGCAAAUCUCUGGUAGAAGCCCUCUCUGCAGCAGUUCUUAUUGUUUUGUUUUUGCUACAAAAGUAUGGUACUGCACGAGUAAGCUUUCUGUUCUCCCCCAUCAUGGGUGCGUGGAUGUUGACUACUCCCCUUAUUGGUAUUUACAAUAUCAUAUGUCAUUACCCUAUAAUUUUAAUGGCAAUAUCACCCCAUUACAUAUUCCAGUUCUUCUCGAGGAAUGGUCAUGAGGGCUGGUUGUUGCUUAAUGAUAUGUUCCUGUGCAUAAUAGAUAUUCCAGGUGAGUUUGUUAAAGCUCUAAAUGAGGGUAUUUUCAUGAAGACAUCUACAAAAACUCUUAUGCCGGCCAUGAGGAACAGCUGAAAAUGCAGUCUCAUGCUCUUCUAUGUAAAAAUUAGAUUAUUUCCGUAUCGAAAAAUGCAUUUAGCAAAGUUGUAGGAACAUAGAUUUUGCGUCUUCAAGUUAGCUUCCAAAGGUCUCUUCAUGAGUAGGGGUGCUCUUUUUCUUUUUGUUUAUGUAGUUGUAUUGAUUUAACGUAUAGAGUUGUCAACUGUGUACAACAAGACACCACUUGAGCCGAACAGUUGAUGUUUUGUUUUUAUUUCUCAAUAUUUAUAAAUAUUUUGACCCUGUAGUCUGUAUUGUAUAAAUUUUCACUUAUUAAAUUAUAUUUUGUUACUUUGUUAGAGUUA